UUCAGCCCCUGUCCCAGGCGUGGGCGGCUCAGCCUCAGGCACUUGAAGGAUCGGGUGGAUUUACUGUCGCUUCUCCGGGGACUGCCGAGGCGGGUGGAUGCAGGAUGCUCGCGGCCACCCAGCCGGCACCUCGCGGGUGAGCCGUUCCUCGAGUGGCCAGCGGUGUUCGGAGGAGCACGGAUGGACUGACUGCCGCCCUCCUCCCCGCUUGGACAUGGACAAGCGUGGCACGUGCGGCUCUUGGAUGGCCAGAAGUGGGAUUCCCAGGCCCCGGGUAGUGCUGGCUCCUGCCCGGGCAGGCAACUGUGCCCAGGUGCUGAGCAGCACCAGAAAUUGUCCUUGCAAAAUGAGCCAGCUUCCUCCGAAGAGUCCUUUGGCAUCCCUGGUGUCAGAGGGCACGAAUUCCAGGGUAGAGGCUUUGGACAACUUGUCAAUGGACAGUUUUUGGCUAGAAGUAGAGAACAUUAAACAGAGCGCUGAAGCCGAGCAAGAGGAAUGCAGCCUUGCAGAUCUCAAAACACAAGAGGAGGGAGAAGCUGAAGCUGAGUGGCUCCAGGACGCGGGUCUGUCCGAGCUCCUCGGAGACCGUGGCUCGGACAGUGACAACCUCGUGCUGCUCUCCACCCUGACCCAGACCCAAGCGGCCGCUGUGCAGCGCCGGCUGGACACCUACUCCCGCUCCCGCCGGAGAAAGAGCAAGCACUCUGUGCGUGAUGUCCGGGACAUUUUCGGAGUGGCCAGCUCGGAGGAGACAGCAGCAGAGAAAGAGGAGUCCAACCCAGAUCUGUUGUGGCAGAAUCUACAGACUACAAAUGCACAGAGAAAAACCCAGGGUUACUCCCGCACAGUUCAAAACCCUGGAAAAGAGGAGACGUUCAACAUGGAUGUUGCCUACUCAGAGCAAGCAGCUGUCCUCCUCAAGGGAUCCUUCCUGUCUGAAUCUAGGAAGUUAAAGGAUGGAAAUGCUCUAACUAAAUUUAAGAUCCUCAAGGGCAGACUAGGAGUGACCAGGAUUGGAGAUCUGUCUGCUCAGGACAUGAAGAAGAUCCCCACACUGGCCCUCAUUGAACUGACAGCUCUCUGUGAUAUCCUGGGCUUUGAGCUGAAGAGAAACAAAGCAGCAAAACUGAAAACAACAGAGAAAAGGCUUUUCGGAGUUCCACUCAACACUUUGUUGGAAAAUGACCAAAAGCUGCUCCCCAACACCAAGGUUCCUCUGCUACUCCAGGCACUGUUGUCCUGCUUGGAGAAGAGAGGACUUGAAACAGAGGGCAUUCUGAGAGUUUCUGGGUCUCAGACCAGGAUCAAGAGUCUGGAACAGAAGCUAGAAAGGGAGUUCUACACUGGCCUUUUCCGCUGGGAUGAAGUGCAUCAGAAUGAUGUGUCUGGGCUGCUGAAGAGGUUCAUACGGGAGCUGCCAGCCCCGCUGCUAACAGCAGAGUACCUCCCUGCUUUUGCUGCUGUGCAAAAUAUUCCAGACCUGAAGCAGAGGUUGCAAGCGCUGAACCUCCUGAUCCUGAUUCUGCCAGAGCCCAACAGAAACACUCUAAAGGCUCUACUUGAGUUUCUCAGCAAAGUGGUUGCCAGGGAGAACAACAACAAAAUGAACCUCUGGAAUGUUUCCACAGUCAUGGCCCCAAACCUCUUUAUGCACAAGGGGCUGCCGAACAAGAUCCCUGAAGGGAAGGAGAAGCAGCUGGCAGAGGGAGCGGCUGAUGUGGUACGGAUGAUGAUACAUUACCAGGAUCUGCUCUGGACGGUCUCCUCUUUUCUGGUAGCUCAAGUGAGAAAGCUGAACGAGAGCAACAGCAAAAGGUACCAGUUCUGUGACAAGCGAAUUAAAAAUUUGUUGCGCAAGAUUCACGCUGAUAAAGAUAAGUUGGAAAAGAACCAGGCAGAGCCUUCGAAGAUUGUGAAAGUCCACGCAUCUCUCCUCCUGAAGGACUCACUGGAGGUGCAUUUGAACAAUGCAAUCAGGGUUGCAGAUGUCCUCAGGCAGUUCCAAAAGAACCUGUGCCAGAAUGGCUGGAAUAUUGUUAACACUGUCAACCUCCUCAAGUGUAACAACUCAACAGAGUGCACAAACUUAUUUCUGUAUGAAGUGGGAGGUAAUAUUGGUGAACAUUGCCUGGACCCAGACACUUACCUCUUGGACUUGUACCACAUCAACCCCCAUGCUGAGUGGAUAAUUAAGCAAAACCCAUCUUAUCCUCGGAUGUUCUAAGGAAAAGAUGAGAAAAACAAAGCAUUUGGUUGAAGUUUUUGGAAGUUAUGGAAAUAGAGACAUUUCUGGUGUAGUCACAGACUGGACAGUGCUUGUGACUUUGGAGGUAAAAACAACUUUAUUUACUGCUUCCAUGGCAGCUGGCAGUGAGAGUACGUGAGCCUACCUGCUAACAGAGGUGUUGGAAACAAGCAGCAGUUCCUAUGUAUUUUUUUUGGUCGUAUGCACCAUUUGGAGGAGAGACAGUCAAAUUGCUGCAGUGGUAUUAAGGAUAUCCCCUUGGUAAGGUCCAUGAUUGCCUGGUGCACAUCACCAGAAGUUGAGACCAUAGGUUUCACUAAGAGACACUGUUAUGUUCUUUGAAGAAUGAAGAAGGGUGUUUGCAAAAAGGCCAGGUGGAAUGUGAUACCAACAUCCUGUAUUUAAUGACUGCAGAUAAAUACAUACGCAACACAAGAACAUAACUUUCCUUGCAAAAAAUGGACAGCAACCUUUCAGAUGUGCAGUGUGACAAGAGAGAUGUGUGUCCCAUACAGCUCUGCUGGUAAUGCAAAACCGAAUCUACAGGCUGCCAUUGAUGAGGGUAAAACAUGCAUUUAUUUUGCUGGACAACCUAUAUGUCGACAGAAAACAGGAAAUAUUCUGAAGUUAAUUUGAGGAUAGUAAUCUGACCUGGCCACAUAAACUGAACAUCUUUGUGGAGGAUUCUGUGUGAACAUGUCUGUCCAAAACAAACCAAGCCUCCCCUGAGAUGUGAAGUGGCUGAACUGAGAGGUCUAUCUAUGCCUGUGCCUGGUCUCACACAGUGGGUACUGAACUGAGCCUUCAUUGCUCCAGCUGCACAUUUCCGUCCCUCACAGCACAAUGUGGUCGCUGUGGGUGGAGAAUGAGGGUAGAGCAAAACACUUGCACCUCACAUUGCUGCUGCAUCCUCAUCAUCCAACCCCAACUAAAGAGGACUCUACUCCUGGAGGAGGAGCGCAGAAGAAUUGUAUUCCUUUGUGAUGUUACUGAAAUACCUUAUGUGAGGGAACCCACUGUGCAGUUACAGAGGAUGGAACAUGCAUUGUAUCCAGAAAUCCGGAUGUCUCUUUUUAUGUACCGUUAUUAAACACUGUUGGAUAUUUAUUCCUGUGGCAGAGGCAGGGCUGCCCUGCAAGUGUAUGCUCAAAGUAUUUCAUUUGCCAAAUUCUAGGUGCACUAGUGACAAUCUCCAGUAUUAUUUUUCUUGUUAAAUGAAUUGCUUUCCAUUGCAAUCUGAAUUUUCCCCCCUCUCCUUUUUUUCCCCCGAGGCUGAUGUGUAGCUUUCCUUACUCUUUAUCUCAAACUCCUAGUUUCUGUUGUAAGGGCACUUCACUCUCUGUCUGUGUGGUUAAAUUCUUGUGGUGGUUAAGAUCCUAGAAGAACAGGUGAGCCAUACUCCAUAUUCUUUCCAGCCUGUUAUGAACAGUAUGUGAGUGGCGGUGAUAUCUUAAAAUUAUGCAUAUAUUAGAGAGUCUUUCUAGUAUUUUUUGGUUGAGAUGAUGCAGAUGCAUUGACUGGUUGGACCAUCUUCAUAGUUGUCUUCUUAAGAAACGAUAAUAUAAACUUGCAAAAAACCCACCUCCCAACCCUGACCGAGAUCCCCGACGUCAAGAAUUCUUGAGGGAGGUGCCUCUUUUCUAGGGUUUAAAUUGUGCCUAAAAGAGCCUGAUUGUUUUCCUUGAGGAUGAGGAAUUUGUGCCUUGAAAGAUCAAGCUGCUUUAAAAUGGGGCAUUAAAAAUCAAUGGUACCUAUUCACUCAUCACUUGUAGAAUUCUUUGUUGCAGUGAUGGAGUUGGCAAAGAGCGAAUGCCAGAAAUGUGAUAACCCGAGAAAUACCCAACUCAUAAAGGCAUGGGUGUGAGCACAGAGAUGUUUUGCAGGCUAAAUUGCACCCCUGCAAAUCACAUAAUGCUGCAUUUUUUUUCCACCCCUCAUAUGCUGGUUUAUUAAACAUACUGUCAGUAUGUAUUGAGGGGUCACUACAUCACUGCUACUGUAAACUACAAAUGAUUGGGGUUUUUUGAAAACCAAACAAUGUGAAUCAGUGCUGUGAAAACCAAGGUUCGUGGGAGAUUCUUAAGAGACAAAUAUCAGGUCUCAAACAUGAAAGGAAAUGUAAAAAAAAAAAAAAUCAGGUCUUUUCAGAUGAUGGAUGUGCUUUUUUUAUUUUUCUGACCUGUCUUUGUAUCAAAAAGCAAAUGCAAAUUUUUUGGUCACUGAUGUGCAACCCACUUUUGAAUGCUGGCUUUUAAUAACGUUUUUUACAAAUUUUUAAUUCUGUAUUUAAAUUCCAUUUUAUUCAGUGAAACAAUAAAAAUACAGUGAAAUCU